GAUGUGAGGCCGACCGGGGUGUGGUUACUGUCCGCUCCCCUGGCUGUGAGUGUGCCGGUGUGGCCAAUGGAGCUAUCCGCUCCCAGAUCAGUUCCUGCGGGCAGCGACAGCGGCGCCAUGUUUCCUCCACCGCCGCCCGGGCUACAGACGGUGUGGAUGCGAAGGCAGCUCCUGCAGAGGUAAACCACCGAGCCUCCUCCUCCUCAUGAUGAGACGUGAAGCAGUUUUUGUCUCCGUUCAGGUCUCUGUUUGAGCUGGUGGAAGCUAGGGGUGGUCUGGCCUUAACGGACACCGCGAUGCUGGGAUGGUACCUCAGCCUGGCGCCAGAGGACCGGAGGAUCAUUCUAGGUGAAGGAGGCCUCCAAUUCUUCCUGCAGAAUCAUCCCAACCUGGAGGUGUUAGAGGAUUAUGUUUAUUUGAAGUAUCGUCUGCAGCAAAGUGAGACGUUGAAGGUGUUUCCAGGUGACUUUCAGAACGGAGCGAAUCGAUCGCAGCUACAGCUGCCUGAGGGCGUCCACAGUGACCCUGCCGUCCACCUGACCGGCCACGGCGACCCGCUCACACAGAACCAGAGCAGACUGAACAGCAGCACAGCAGCGACGCCUUUAGUCAUGGAGUCCGACCAAAGCAGACAGAGAGGAGAGUCCGGUUAUUGGAUCCACGACCCAGUAGCACACCACCAAAGUUAUGCUUCUACACUUCAGACACGGGCGGAGCUCCAGCCUCCUCCUCCUCCUCCUGCCGGCCCUACAGGAGGAGACCUGAGGAGAGAAUGGGAGAAAUCUCACAGCCUCAUUAAUGAUGACAGGAGCAUCCUGAUGUGCUUGACCAGUGAAAAUUUGUCCAUGUCAGAUGAUAAGGCUCCAGUUCAGCCAGUUUAUGACAACAGCUGCAACCCCCCCGGCGUAAAGAGGACUGCCGCUGCUUCCUGCUGUGAUGCAGGACUGGACUCCAAGCCGAAGAGCUUCACAUCGAUCAGCACUCAGACCGAAGCUCCAAGCUCAGCGGAGAAGAGCGUCAUGACUGUGGUUCUUAUGUCUGAUCUGGACUGUCUCUCUGAGGAGUUAAAAAGACUCCAGAUGCCUGAAGAAUGCAAUGAGCCAAAGAAAAAGAGCCAAAGAGCCGAAGACCUGCCUACAGAAACAAAGAACAUCCUGCAGAAACUGGAGAGGGACUAUAAGCUGCUGCAGCAGCAGCUCCUGAUGGGGGUUCCUCUGGAGCAGCUCAGUCCUCUGUGUGUGGACCCUAAGGUCACCCCCCCUGGAGCAGGUUCCUCCCCUGCACAGGUCAUCGGAAAGGACAAAGCCUGCCAGACAGGACUUCUGGUUGUUGUGGUAACUUUGACCUCUAACCUCUUUAGCCUGAGCCCCGGCCAGGAGGUGCAGAGGCCUGGGGAGAGUGGACGCCAUGAGGAGAGAAAGAGCUUCCAGACGCAAGACGAAAGCGAAGAAGCUGCUGAUCUGGCCAAUGAUGGACUCAUUAAGCAAACAGCCUCUGAGGAGCCCGGCACCGAUGAUAUUUGGUUCGACGCUAAAGAGGAGCUGAAUCUCCAAGAACUUGCAGCAGAGAACGGUCCGAAUUCAGACGUGGCCGACAAUCAAAGUUAG